GUCAUAAACGUGGAUGGAACAAUGAGGAAAACCCUCCUAGAAGAUAAGCUUCCACAUAUAUUUGGAUUCACGCUGCUGGGAGAUUACAUCUACUGGACGGACUGGCAGAGGCGAAGCAUCGAAAGAGUUCACAAGGUCAAGGCUAGCAGAGAUAUCAUUAUCGAUCAGCUGCCGGAUUUGAUGGGCCUUAAAGCAACGAGUGUUAGCAAAGUGUUUGGAACCAAUUCCUGUGCAGAGAACAACGGCGGCUGCAGCCAUCUGUGUUUCUUUACACCCCAGGAGACCAGGUGUGCCUGUCCCAUCGGCCUUGAGCUGUUGAGUGACAUGAAGACUUGCAUCAUCCCUGAAGCCUUCUUAGUUUUCACAAGUAGAGCAGCAAUUCAUAGGAUUUCCCUUGAAACCAAUAAUAAUGAUGUUGCUAUUCCUCUUACUGGAGUCAAGGAAGCAUCUGCUCUGGAUUUUGAUGUCUCUGAUAACAGAAUCUAUUGGACUGAUGUUAGUUUGAAGACCAUAAGCCGAGCUUUCAUGAAUGGGAGCUCCGUCGAGCAUGUGAUUGAGUUUGGACUAGAUUAUCCAGAGGGAAUGGCUGUAGACUGGAUGGGAAAGAACCUCUACUGGGCAGAUACUGGAACCAAUCGCAUUGAAGUCGCCCGCCUGGAUGGACAGUAUAGGCAGGUCCUUGUGUGGAAGGACUUGGACAACCCAAGGUCUCUGGCUCUCGAUCCUACCAAAGGGUACAUGUACUGGACUGAAUGGGGAGGUAAACCACGGAUUGUUCGAGCGUAUAUGGACGGAACAAACAGCAUCACUUUGGUGGAUAAAGUGGGCCGUGCCAAUGACCUUACGAUCGAUUACGCGGACCAAAGGCUCUAUUGGACUGACUUAGACACCAGCAUGAUUGAGUCAUCAAAUAUGCUGGGACAAGAACGAGAAAUCAUAGCAGAUGAUCUACCUCAUCCAUUCGGAUUAACCCAGUACAGUGACUACAUCUACUGGACAGACUGGAAUCUUCACAGCAUAGAGAGAGCAGACAAGACCAGUGGGAAGAACAGGACACUUAUCCAGGGCCAUCUGGAUUUUGUGAUGGAUAUAUUGGUCUUCCAUUCUUCACGUCAGGAUGGCUUGAAUGACUGUGUACAAAAUAAUGGCCAUUGUGGUCACUUGUGCCUUGCCAUACCGAAUGGCUUUAGGUGUGGCUGUGCUGCUCAUUAUACCUUGGAUCCCAACAGCAGGAACUGUAGCUCCCCUGCCAGCUUCCUGUUGUUUAGCCAGAAAUCUGCAAUCAGCCGGAUGAUACCAGAUGAUCAGCAGAGUCCAGAUAUCAUCCUGCCUAUGCAUGGUCUGAGGAAUGUCAAGGCUAUCGAUUAUGAUCCCUUGGAUAAAUUGAUCUACUGGGUGGAUGGACGUCAGAAUAUUAUAAAGAGAGCCAAAGACGAUGGCACUCAGCCUUUCACGGUCAUGAGUACUCCAAACCAGAGCCAGAACCCAGAGAAGCAGCCACACGACCUCAGCAUCGAUAUAUACAGCCACACCUUGUACUGGACCUGUGAGGCCACAAAUUCAGUCAAUGUCCACCGGCUGAAUGGCGAGUCCAUUGGGAUGGUGCUGCGAGGGGACCACGACAGGCCCAGAGCCAUUGUGGUGAACGCAGAGCGAGGGUACAUGUACUUCACCAACAUGCAAGAGCGAGCGCCCAAGAUUGAGCGUGCAGCCCUCGAUGGCACAGAGAGAGAAGUGCUUUUUACGACUGGGUUGAUCCGACCAGUAGCACUGGUGGUUGACAACAAACUUGGGAAGCUUUUCUGGGUGGAUGCGGAUCUGAAGCGCAUCGAAAGCUGUGACUUGUCAGGUGCUAACCGUGUGACCCUGGAGGACUCCAACAUCCUUCAGCCGAUGGGACUGACUGUACUGGGAAAUCACCUGUAUUGGAUUGAUCGGCAGCAGCAGAUGAUUGAGAGAGUGGAGAAGAUGAACGGGUACAAAAGGACUAGAAUUCAAGGCCGGAUCGCUCACCUAACAGGCAUUCAUGCUGUGGAAGAGCUUGAUAUGGAGGAAUUCUCUGUGCACCCGUGCUCCCGCGACAAUGGUGGGUGUUCGCACAUCUGCAUUGCCAAGGGGGAUGGGACCCCGAGAUGUUCAUGCCCUGAGCACCUUGUGCUUCUGCAGAAUCUCCUGACGUGUGGAGAACCUCCAACGUGUUCCCCAGAUCAGUUUACCUGUGCAACUGGAGAGAUUGACUGUAUCCCAAUGGCUUGGCGGUGUGAUGGAUUUCCAGAGUGCGAUGACCAGAGUGACGAAGAUAGUUGCCCCAUAUGCUCUGCGUCCCAGUUCCAGUGUGAGAAAGGACAGUGUAUCGAUGCACACCUGCGCUGUAACGGAGAAAUUGACUGCCAAGAUAAAUCUGAUGAAGCAGAUUGUGAUACCAUCUGUCUGCCCAAUCAGUUCCGAUGUGCCAGCGGCCAGUGCAUCCUCCUGAAGCAGCAGUGCGACUCCUUUUCCGAUUGCAUUGACGGGUCUGAUGAGCUUCUGUGUGAAAAAGCAAAGCCAGUCCCAGAUGAGUCACAGCCACACAGUAGUGCCAUCGGUCCCGUUAUUGGUAUAAUACUGUCACUUUUUGUCAUGGGAGGAAUGUACUUUGUUUGCCAGCGAGUGGUGUGUCAGCGCUACGCCGGGCCCAACAGUCCGUUUCCACACGAGUAUGUCAGUGGCACCCCUCACGUCCCUCUGAAUUUUAUUGCUCCGGGAAGUUCUCAACAUGGUACUUUUACUG